ACAGCCCCAUGAUGCACUCCCAGAUGCCAGUCCGGUCCCUUCUCUGCGCCCUCCUGAUGCUGCCUCUGGGGGUGCCCAACGAUCUUGUCAGCCUGCGCCUCUCAGAUGUGAAGGUGCAGCAGGCUGCGGCCUUUGCCGUGGAGCAAUACAACAAGGGCCGAUCAGACACUCUCACCUAUUUUAAAAAGCUGCGAGUUGUGUACGCCGGUUCACCGGUGAAUUUUCCCAACGUGUACCUUUUUACUGCCGUGUUGGUGGAAACUACAUGUAUAAGGUUACCCGGUACCACAAUGGCAUAUAGGAAGAUCCAGCAAUGUCCUCAAUUUGCAGGCAAUCGGCAGGUAAUCUGCUACUUUAAAAUCACAUCCUAUCAUGGGGAUACUAUGAGCUACGACGAGCAAAUCUGCAAUGAGUCUCACUCAAAUUGGUCAUAGAGUCUCUAAAUUCGCAUUUUCUGAGUUUCUGAAAUUGUUCCUUGACAUACACGGAGGCCUUUCCUGGCGCUUCUGUUUUCUCUAAUUUUCAUCUUUGAGAAGAAUCGACAUUUUGCUCAUUCAGUCAAUUAGUCUUAAUAAAGCGAUCAUCAUGGCAUUCCGUCUUGUCUUCCUUUCUUGUCCAAAUCCCAUCCAGCCUUUCCGUUUUCACGGCGACAGCACAAUGACACCAUGGCUUGUUCAAGAAAGCCUCCAGCCAUUUGGGGUACUUUCCAAACUUCUGGAAACUUUGAUCCGUUUGAGAGUUUUCAAGAAGUGCAAUUAAGAUUUUUAACAGAAUUAAUACUGCUUCUUUCCCAAACUCUACUCCAAUUGGCAUAUUAUGCCAGUGAAUAUACCUCGCUCCUUGGGGACAUAGAAUACGAGGGAUGGAGGGAGGGA